AGCUGAAUCGUGUGUAUCAUUUUACGUCGGCAACUUUUACGUAUGCCAAGAUCUUUCUCAGUGUCCAUCAAUCUUGUUUACUCCGCGGCUCGUUGUUAGAAUCGCUCUAAUGGAUAUGUCUUCAUACAUUGGUGUUGAAAGCAACACCGUAACUUUGUACGGGCCGACAUGGUAAACACGACACUGUUUUAAAGCCAUAACAUUAACUAGGAGUAAUCUUGUUUUAUGAAAAGUACUCCCCCAUCAGCGGUUGAACACACCGCAGAUUACUAAAACUACAGCUGAGAUUAAAACCAAUCAAAGUUACGUGACCGAAGAGCAGGGAAACGGAUUAUACGUACAUUACGUCUAAGUCCACAUGCUGAUCUGCUGGUAAUGAAAGCUUGUCAAAAAGUUGUACAAAGUGUAAAUAUACAUUAAGUAAAUUACAUUCUUCGGGCUUUUGAAACUGCUCAACAAAAGGUCGUUUAUUCCAAUAAUGCCGUGCGUGGUAAACAACAUUUUUCAUCUCUAGCCUUUCUCACAAAAUAUCGUGUAAAAUUUCACCAUGUCCAUUGUCCCAGCGAAAGCAAAUCUGAGCUUCUCCAUUGAAAACAUUCUUAAGGAAGAAAACUCUUCGGAAAGCUCUUAUUUAUCCAGACCUGAUGAUAAUAAUGAUAAUAAUGAUACAAUAACUCUUCAACAAGGAACCUCUUCGCCUGAGAGAUCUUUGAACAGCGAUCUUCCGUGGCUGGCUUAUACUCGUUAUUGUCCGCCCAAAAUCCCAAGGUCAAGAAAUCGUAAAACAGUAAACAAGCGGAAAGUAAGUGGGGGUCCAAGAGUACCAUUCUCGUCAGAACAGCUACUGGAGUUGGAGAAAAACUACGAGGACACUCAUUAUGUCACUGCAGCCAAAGUUUUACAACUUUCUAGCGAGUUAAAACUUCCAGGAAACCGCAUCAAGAUUUGGUUUCAGAACCGUCGUGCACGGGAAAAAAAGAAGGCUAAGAAGCUGGGAAAUUAUAAGAACCAACAACUUACUGCAAACGAGAUAUGUGCCGAGACCACCCUUUCACCUCAUGAAAAAAUCGGUCAGAAUAGAAGCUGUUUAUCACAAUUUUACCCUGCUCCUAUUGGGAGGAGAGAGUCCGCUUUCUCUCCAAUGUUUAAGUCUCAGUUAGCUCAUACCGGUUGUCCAUUAAAGAGGAAUCUCGCAUGGCCUGGUACAUCAAACGUGCCUCGGGUCCUUAACCUAAAGUACAUUAACUGCGAUUUGUACAAAAGACUCAGUUGUUUUGUUCAAUGUACAUAGCAUGUGAGAUGUCCCUACAACAAACAACUGUUGAGUGUGAAAAACUUUAGAAAGAUAAAUUUGAUUCGUUGACAUUUAAU